AAAUCCCAAAAUCUGCCCGAACGUGCACCUAACGCACACGGCCCGCUGCCCAAAAUCCCGGCGGGCAGCCCAAACUCUCCAACACCAUCACUCAUUAUUUCCCACUACCUUUCGUCCCCCAACAAAUCCAAUCACCCAUUACACCUCCUCCGUAAUCGCCGCGCCGCACCUCCUCCGCCGUGGUCGGCGGCGCGUGAGCGCCGUUUCCUCCAGAAAAUGGGUCAGGGACUGAGCUGCAGGGAGCAGGAGGAAACCGAGCUGUUCACCGCAGUUCAAAAUGGAGAGCUUCAAAUCGUCGAGGCAAUGGCGGAUGAGGAUCCGAAUCUGUUGGCAGUGAAAACGCUCCACCAGAAGCUCUCCGCGCUCCACGUGGCGGCCGCUAAUGGGCGGAUCGAGGUUCUUUCUAUGCUUCUGGAUCGGUUUGGUAAUCCGGAUAUCCUGAAUCGGCACAAGCAGACUCCAUUGAUGUUAGCUGCUAUACAUGGGAAGGUUUUGUGUGUGGAAAGGCUGAUUCAAGCAGGAGCCAAUAUUUUGUUGUUUGAUACAUUAUAUGGGAGGACCUGCUUGCAUUAUGCAGCCUACCAUGGUCACUCAGAUUGCCUCCAAUUGAUCCUUUCUGCUGCCAAUUCCACCCCUGUUGCUCAAUCUUGGGGAUUUUCAAGAUUUGUAAAUAUAAGAGAUGGAAGUGGUUCAACACCGCUGCACUUGGCAGCUCGUCAAAGACGGCCUGAUUGUGUUCGAAUCUUGUUGAGCUCUGGGGCCCUCGUGUGUGCUUCUACUGGUGGAUAUAGCUAUCCAGGUAGUACGCCUCUUCAUCUUGCUGCUCGAGGAGGAUCAUUGGACUGUGUCCGUGAAUUGCUUGCUUGGGGUGCUGAUCGUCUCCAAAGAGAUUCUUCCGGGAGAAUACCUUACAUGGUGGCAGUCAAGUAUAAACACGAUUUAUGUGCGGCUUUGUUAAACCCUCUGGCGCCAGAGCCGCUAACUUGGCCUUCACCUUUGAAGUUCAUUAGCGAGCUCAAUUCCGACGUAAAAGCUCUGCUGCAAAAAGCCCUAAUUGAAGCCAACAGAAAGAGGGAAAAAGCAAUAUUGGACACACCUAAUUCCGUUCAACAACCCCAAGAUUAUAAUGCUCUUGAUGAUGAAUCUGAGGGAGAUGCACUUAAG